AUGACCAACUGCCAUUCUAUUCUCGACAUUCUUCGCUUGUUUGACAAUUGCUGCUCAAAAACCCCCUCAAAUAUUGCUCUCAUCGCUUCAACUCAUUCAAUCUCCGACACUACUGUCGAGAUCACUUAUGCACAACUAGAUAGUCUUGUUGGUGUGUUGGUAACCCAGCUCAAAACAAUCGGAGUCAAGCGUGGUACUUAUGUUGGUACUGUCCUUGGGCGAGGAUUGCCCAUCAUUGCAUUGGUUUUGGCUUUAUGGAGAAUCAAGGCAGUUUUUGUUCCCUUGUCAAAUCUCGCAAUGGAUCGACUAUACAUUUCAAAAACAAUUGAUUCAAUACCCUCUUUAAAAUAUAUCAUUGGCAUGCACAAUCAGCUGCAUGAAAUCUGCUCUGGCAACAGUUUUUCAACAAGCAACAUAAAUAUGAGUGAUCAAAUAGAUUGCUUAUCUGGAUCUGAGCUUUGUGUCGCCAUUGAUACAUCCAAGACCUGUGAUCAGGAAUCAACAUAUAAUGAGGCCGAGCUAGCUUAUGUUAUCCGAACUUCAGGAACUACACGAGGUGAAAAGGGUGGACUUCUUGUGCGGGUUCCCCGUAAUACUCUAUCUACAAAUGUUCACGAAAUAAGUUUACGACUUCAACUCCAGCAAGAAUCAUCAAUCAAAAGAUUUAUACUGAUCUCUGCACCAACAUUCGAUCCAUUUAUGAUUGAAUUGCUUUUGCCACUUACCACUGGUAGCUCGUUAGUGAUCGUGCCCGAUGAAUUCAUACAAACUCCAAAUCUACUGUACAACUAUAUCAUACAAAAUCGAGUCUCGUAUUUUUUUGGAACUCCUUCACUUUUUCUUCGAUUCAGCAGGCAUCAGCAAUUCAAUCUUAUUAUGAGGCAUACUACAGUUUCAAAUAUUAUUUUAGGAGGCGAGUCUUUUCCAGCACAGCUAUACGAUCUUGUUCAAGACUGUAAUACAAAUCAUGUUUCACUUUGGAAUAUUUAUGGGACUACAGAAUGCAGCGUGUGGACUUCUCUUACUCAAAUCGAUCUAUAUCAACCUGAUCUUCUAUCUUCAAUACAUUACGUCUUGGACUAUACCGUGAUGAAGUUGCAAGAUGUUGAACCAGAUAUAGCUAACCCAACACAGGAGGAUAAACAGUAUGAAAUAUAUCACGGUGGUUCAAACCGAAUUUGCUUUGUUGGCGACGAGACCAUUCCAAAAAUAAUGCGGCCAACAGGCGAUUUAGCCUUUCAAAAUAAAAGCACUGGACAAAUAUCAAUUAUUGGACGUACUAAUAGACAAGUCAAGCGUAGUGGAUAUCGUAUCCAUUUAGAUUCUAUUUCCCAUACUAUUCAAGCUGUAUACGGGGUUUGUCGUUGCGAAGUUGUUAUGUUAAAGGACCCGACAGAUGUGAACAUGGGCAUCAAAUCCAUUGUGGCAUGUGUUAAAAUAGACAAGACAAAAGUGGAGAAAGUGUUGACUCAAAUUAAAGAUCAUGUAUCAAGCAAUCUCCCAUUUUAUGCUCGCCCCGAUAAAAUCUGCAUUUUAGAUGAGUACCCAGUCACAAAUCACGGAAAGAUUGACUAUCGGAGAUUGGAAAUAUGUGCACAAGAUUGCAUUUCUCAAGAUUCAAACAUUCAUAACAUUGAAUCUAAUUUAGAUCUCUGCACCAUGGUUAGAUCUGUACUUGAACAUCACUUUUCAUUCAAGAAUCCAGAUCAAAAUGUAAAAUCAAACACAUAUUUUCUUUCAGAAGGCGGGACUAGUCUUACGGCACUUUGUGCCUCAAAGGAACUAACCAAUAUUUCGGUUCAUUUACAAUCUAAAGAGUCAAGUUUGCAACAGUGGGUUUUCAAUAUUUUAAUUUGGUAA